AUGAAACAGUUGGUGGCAAACUGGGUGGCUGCCUCUCCAGGCCCUUGCUUGGUUCUGAUCCGCCUUGCUAUGACAGUUCCAGUUCGUUUGAUGCAUAAAUUUCUGCAGCUGGCUUCUGAUGACUGGGAGAAAAAGCAACAGCUUCGAGCCGCUCAGGGAAAGGACCGAGAUUACCGCUUAUCUGUGGCAUAUGAUGGGGCAGAUGUGGAUCGGGCUUUUGAGUCGUUGGGGCAACUCUUCCAGGAGCCGAUCACUCAGCUGCCACUGUCUGCGAGAAGCAAUGCCAUCAAGGUCCUGGCCUUCCGCCUCUUUGCGCGGCUGGCUGGCGCUCUGCAUCUACUUCUUAGGAUGCCGCGAGCCGCCUUCCCUUUUCGCUUGUUCGGCAUGCUGACCUCGGCGAAUCCAGCGUCAACAGCAGAGCAGUUGCUUCAGACACCUUGCUGCCUCCUUGAUGACUUUUCGAAAGGCUUCUUGGAGCAGCACAGCACUGCUGAAGCUUUGUGUGCUGCUGUCUCAAAGCUGGAAGCUCUGGCGCUGCUGUGCGAGACCGAUGUUGUAUCGAUUGAGUCCCGCCAUGCUGCUGCUCGCCGCCUGCUGGUGAGUCGGCAGCAGACCUGGUCUUAUUCGUUCACCGACAUUGCUGCUGAGCACUUGUGCCGCCAGUUCCACAAAUCUCAGGAUGACAUGUUUGGUGCAAUGAAGAAAGAUCAGAAGGGCAAUCUUCGGAAGAAGCAACAGCGGAAGCACAAGCGCCGAGCCAAGCCGCCCAGUGGGAAAAAAAAAGGUCGCAAAGCCAAGCCGGACACAGCGGAUGCAGAACACAGAACUGGAGGUGCCCAACGAGCUUUUUUUCAUGAGAGGCUGCAGACAGCUUCUGCUGAUGAAUGGCGCAAUCGGUCAGCACUGUUCAAAAGAGCGAAUGAUGAGUUCCAUCGACUUCCUGCAUCAGAGAAGGCUCGCUACAGAGAGCUGGGAGAGGCAGCCACUCAUGCCGGCAGGCAUGGAGGGCGACGAUUUGCUUUGGGAGUUUCAGGCAGUGCUCCACGAUCACGCAGGGCAGGAGCACUGGUUCCUGUGGCCAAACAUGAGCAGGAUGCUUUGGCUCUGAUCCGGAGUGCCGAGCAGCGUGCAUCGAAUGCAAAGAGGCUGGAACUGGCUAAGGCAAGAGCUGCUGCAGUUGAACUUCGUGAGGUCCAGUCCCAGCAGUCAUUGGAAACUUAUGGCAUCAUCGAUGGUACAGAUGUUUUUGCUAAAGGUUCCACUGACGAGCCUGAGUUGACAGUGGAACCUGGAGGAGGCCGCAUUCAGGUCGGCCAGUGGUGUCCACCCAUUGGUCAAGUCUGCAAGGCUGCUUUGCAAGGCGACAAAGAUGCUUGGUCAGGCAGGCGUUUUCGCUUGGCCUCACAGCUUGCUGAAAAUUGGCAAGAAAGGACGAUGUUGCAGAUGGAUGCCAAGCUGCCUCCAGAUUUCAGUGAUGCGAGCACAACCACACUGUGUCAGAAACACUACAUGUGUGUAUGCGGGAGAGCUUCUCAGUCUAGUGAACCAGAAGAUGCAUGGUUUUGCCAUCAGAAAAUGAUCCGCCUCCUUCGCCCCUUCUUGACGGUGAAGCGGAAACCUAAACAGACGACACCAGCUGGCGAUCCUGAGGCAGCUCCAGCUCCCCAGACAGCAAAACUUUCGGUGGAAGCAAGGAAACCUGCUUUGAGAAAACUUCUCGACAAGUCUUUCCUGGUAGCUUGUUUGCAUGGUGCAUCAGCACCAGCACCAGCAGCUGCCGGAGCCCCAUUGAAUAAGUGGGCAGCUGCAGCUUUGGGCGCGGAGGACAGUCCGCAAGAGGAGGUUUGGUUCCACAUCAGUUACUGCAACCUGCAAACCUGGAUGUUUUCUUUCUUGCGCUUGGAAAAGAUGUAUGCUGAUCCCAUCGAGGAUUCAAUUGGCAACAAAGUCAUACGACUGAAGGUGCCCGAAGAUCUUUGUGUGCAGUCCUCGAUUCAGACCUUUGCUGACCUGAAGCUGAACAGAUCUUGGAGCAUGUCUUUUUAUGUCAUCGACUCGACUGCCAAGCCGAUUGAAGACAAUUAUGUCACACCGAACACAGUGGAUGUUCGCCUUGUGCCGGAGUCCGAUAUUCCUGAGCUUCGGGUUUGGCUGGGCAGUGAUGCCGAACGAGAUGCGAGGAGACUUGAGAACAGUCGAAAGAGGAAACGGCAGCAAUCAUCAUCGGCUCCUGCAUCGAAGAAGGCUGGACAUGCAAAUGUUCGCAGGGUUGCCGAGCAUGCUGCAGAGUCUGUACACACGGUCCCGGUAGAGGCGAUGCCUGGUAUUGAUGAUGCUUGGAGUGGUGAUGAAGAGCCUGAGAAGGAAGAUGACCCAAAUGAUGCGCUGCAUGAGUUGGCUUCUUUCAUUGGUGUCGCUCAUGGGCCUGCUGAAGCUUCUGUUGCUGCAGCCGAACCGCCUCCAAAGCUGAACAACGAAUCAGCUUCCUCGUCCAGCCUUCAAAGGCCGGUGGCUGCAGGGUCUGAGCUGGGCACAUCUGCUGCCAAGGACAAGGCCAAACCUAAGGCCGAGGCCAAUGUCGGCAAGAAGAAGCUUGUCAAAGAGGACAGUAUUCUUGUGGUGCAUGAUGGCAUUCUGUAUGGAUCUUUGCGGUACAAUUCGAGAUCCAAAACCAUCAUUGCGAUCUGUGAAACAGAUGGUCACGGUGGACACGGGAGCUGUCGAAAGGAGCGAACAACGGCGCCUUCAUCCAAGGCUCUCAUCCAAGGGAAAUCGGGACGACCGAUCGGGUUUUUGGUUCACUGGCUGCUGUCGGGCAAGGAGUACAAGAACUCUGGGGAGCAUGUUCACAGCUUCACUGUGUCUCUGCAUGAGCGGCAGAAAGCUCGAAAGCUGUUUUUGGAGCUCGAGGGCGGUCGUGCCUUCAGCGAGAAGGCAGAGAAGGCUCCAGAGCCAGGCGAGCCAGAUGAGCCCACUGUCUCUGUCUGA